UUCUUCCAUCUCAAAUGAAGCAGUACAAGCCAAUUAACAGUGGCGAUGGCUUCGCUUCUGCGUUCGAAAACAACCCAGAAACUUCAUCUGUUACCCAGAAAAUUGUCAAAACGCAGAAGUUUCUCGUGUAAAAGUUUUUCCAAACAUUUUACAGAAAAUUUAGAAGGCAGUAAUAGCAGAUGCCAAUCCUCAACUCCCCCGCAAUCGCCCGGUGAAGAAAUGGAGAGUAGCAUACAUACUAUGCUGACAAUUGACCGUUGGGAGUCUCUCAAUUGUAUGAAAUAUAAGUUGGCAUCUCUGAGGCCAGUUCAUGGAAGGUUGGCACUGAAAAUAUUGAGCUGGUUUCUAAAGCAGCCAGGUUUGGAGCUCAGUCAUAUAACGCACAUGUACUGUAUCACAACCCAUAUUCUUGUUAGAGCUAGAAUGUAUAAACAUGCCAAUUCAAUAUUACAGCAUUUAUCUGGAAUGGAUUUGGGGUCAAGUUCAGUUUUUAAUGCCCUUAUGGAUACUUAUCGUCUUUGUCACUCAAGCCCUGCAGUUUUUGACCUGUUAAUGAGGGUUAAUGUACGAAAGGGGUCAAUUGGCGACGCUUUAGAUACUUUCCGAUUGAUGGGUUUUAGGGGGUUUAGCCCGUCCAUUUAUACUUGCAAUAUGAUCCUAGGAGCAAUGGUGAAAGAAUGGUCUUCUGAGUCUGUGUGGUCAUUUUUCAGAGAGAUGCUUUCAAAAGGUAUUUGUCCAAAUGUUGAAACAUUUAAUAUAUUGUUAAAUGUUCUUUGUGUUCAAGGGAAGCUGAAGAAGGCUGGUUAUUUACUAAGGAAGAUGGAGGAGAGUGGUUAUGCUCCAAGUGUGGUUAGUUAUAACACAUUACUCAACUGGUAUUGCAAAAAGAGUAGGUAUAAACCAGCUAUUGAGCUGCUGGAUCACAUGAGUUGUAAGGGUAUCGAACCAGAUGUGUGUACAUAUAACAUGCUUAUGAAUAAUUUGUGUAGAAAUAAUAGGAGUGCAAAAGGGUAUUUAUUAUUGAAAAGGCUGAAGAUGAGGAUGAUACUCCCCAAUGAAGUCACCUACAAUACCCUCAUCAGUGGCUUUGUAAAAGAGGGAAAAAUUGCAGUUGCCAGAAAGAUUUUUGAUGAGAUGUCUAACGUUAAUCUUUCACCAAAUUGUGUCACUUAUAAUGCUUUGAUUGAGGGGCAUUGUCAAGCGGGCAAUUUCGAAGAAGCCUUUGAACUUUUGGAGAAAAUGGUAGCAAGAGGAUUAAUGCCGAAUGAAGUUACUUAUGGAACACUUUUGAAUGGAUUAUGCAAGCAUGCCAAAUUUGAUUCUGCAAGAAUUCUAAUUGAGAAGUUAAAGCUGGAUAGUAAUAAUAUUAACUGUAUUACUUAUACUAUCUUAAUAAGUGGGUUAAGCAAAAAUGGGAUGCUAACCGAAAGCAUACAGUUGCUUGAUAAAAUGUUUGAGGAUGGUGUAAAUCCUGAUAUUGUUACAUAUUCGGUACUUUUAGAUGGAUUUUGUAAUGCCGGAAAGAUGAAUAAUGCAAGGGAAAUAAUUUGUAAAGCAUAUAGAUCGGGUAUCAUACCAAACAGUAUUAUAUACUCUAUUUUAGUUUACAAUUUGUGCAAGCAGGGAGAUACAACUAAAGCAAUCAAAGUUUACACAGCAAUGCUACAGAGUGGUCAUUGUGCUGACCUUUUUGUUUGUAAUGUAUUGAUAUCUAGUCUCUGUAGAGGUGGGAAGGUGGGAGAGGCAGAGAUUUUCAUGCAUCGCAUGAAUGAGGUUGGUCUUGUUCCCAAUUCUACUACUUUUGAUACCAUUAUUGAUGGCUAUGGAAGCAUAGGUGAUGGGGUGAACGCUUUUUCUUUCUUUGAAGAAAUGGUUAGAUUUGGUCAUCAGCCUAGCUUCUACACAUAUGGAAGUCUGCUGAAAGGACUGUGUAGAGGAGGAUAUUUUAUGGAAGCACUGCAAUUCUUUCAUAAACUCCGAAACAUACCUUGUGCUGCAGAUGCUACUAUGUUCAACACUCUGCUGGCUAAGAUUUGUGAACUGGGAAAUUUCAACCUAGCUUUGCUUAUUUUGGAUGAGAUGGUUCAAAAUAAUGUGCUUCCUGAUAGUUAUGCUUAUACUUGUCUUAUUUCCAUGUUGUGUAGAACGGACAAGGUUGUUACGGCAGUUAUCCUACUGGAAAGAGUAUUGGAAAGAGACACUUCUUCUCUGAACCAGUUUAUGUAUACAAGCGUCAUUAAUGCACUUUUCAAGACUGGCCAACCAAAAGCUGCUAUUUACUACUUUGAAGACAUGGUAAAGCGAGGGCUCAAUCCUGAUACAGUUACACUCAAUGCAAUUAUAGAUGGGUUCUCAAGACUCGGACAAAUGAGUAAGUUGGACGAUAUCCUUUCAUUAAUGAACGACAAAAGUUUGCGCCCUAAUUUGGCUACAUAUAACAUCCUUUUACAUUUGCAAUCAAAAAGACAGAAUAUGUCAGAGUGCUUUGCGUUGUAUGAUACGAUUACAAGGAAGGGUUUUGUCCCUGACAAGUUAACAUGUCAUUCUAUAGUUCUUGGACUUUGUAAAUCAAGCAUGACAGAUGUUGGGGCUAAAUUUUUGAAGAUGAUGAUCGGGGAGGGGACUGAAGCAGAUCAGUUGACAUUUAACAUGCUAAUCACCAAGUAUAGCGAAAGGGGUGAGUUGGUGAAGGCCUUUGAUUUGUUAAAUAUCAUGAACUCGGUUGGAGUUUUACCAAAUAAAGAUACAUUCAGUUCGAUUUUUAAUGGACUUAAACACAUAUCUUGUUUUGAAAAAGCCCGUGAGAUGCUGGAGAUGGGUUUUGUUCCUACUAAUAGACAAUAUAGUAGUUUGAUAACAAGUAUGUGUAGAGCUGGAGAUAUACAAGGAGCAUUCAAAUUAAAAGAUGACAUGGAAAAGCUUGGCGUUGGCUUGCGAAGUGUGGCUGAGAGUGCUAUGGUCAGAGGACUUGUGCAGCGCGGCAAGACAGAGGAGGGAAUGCUUGUUCUUGAUUGCAUGCUGAGGGGGCAACUUGUUCCAACUGUUCCAACUUUCACAACUUUAAUGCAUAAGUUCUGCAAAGAAUCUAAACUUGAGGAGGCAUUUUAUUUGAAAGAUUUAAUGGAAUUUCAUGGUGCAAAGCCUGAUGUUGUUGCUUACAAUGUUCUCAUUACAGCUCUCUGUCAAGCUGGUGAUACUAAUAAUGCCUUCAAACUAUAUGAUGAGAUGAAGAAAAGAGGUGUCUACCCCAAUAUUACCACUUUUAGUAUUCUCACUAGUGCCAUUUCUUCUGGAAAUGACCCCAUGAAGGGUGAAACACUUCUGAUGGAUCUAAAGUUGAAAGGAUUGAUUAGUCAGAAUUCAACCACAGAAGUUUGGCAGAGGAGAUUGAUGCAUGCCAUGAAGAAGUUAAACCACAUAAAGCAUAAAGGAAAGAAUAGUGUGAAGAAACGAUGAAUCUAGUUAACUAGUCAGGCUGGAUAGAGUAGUCAUUCUCAAUGGUUUACUGGAAAUCCAGGAUUUCAUUACUGUACCAUACCUUAGCUGGCUUUAUUGCAGAAGCCAGAUAAUCGAAGGCAAUAAUGAGUUAAACCAAUAUUUUGAGUUACAAGACUAGUUUUAUGAGUCCUCAUUAAUGAUGAUCAUGAGAAUUGAUGAGCACCAAUGAUCCCAUGAUGGAGAUUGGACGAUGUAAUUCAUAAUGGCGUUGAGAGUGGAUACUUUUGGCGCCAAGUAGAUGUAGGCCUGUUAUUAUCUGGGGCUGAGGAAGAGGAGGUUAACUCAGACGUGAGUUGUCACUGGAUCUAGAAACUGGAAAUGCUAACAUGUGCUUGGAAUACAGUCACAAAAAAUUGAACUAUCUAUUUUACUCGUGGAAGAAAGGCCAAAGAGAUCUUUAAUGUUGAGCAUGGGAAGUUUGGUUUGUUUCUGCCCUUCUGCACAAGUUUCUGAAUUGCUUAUGUGCUUCUGCAGACCUUCUCUAACUAGUGGUGCUCGUAUUCCAGGAUUCAAAGGCAAUUUUGUCUUCAGAGAACUCUGGUUUUAGAGCAAGAGGACUCUUUGCGCAUUUGCCAUUUAUUAUUUCUAAAAAUUCUGUUGGUUCCAAUAAACGAAUUAGUCGACAAACAGCUUGAGCAAGAAUGAUGUGUCUCCAUAAGUCUAUUAAUCUGCACCCAGCAAAUGUUGCAGGUUCCUUAGAUUUGGAUUAUGCCUUGAACAAAAUAUAAACAUGUUGCCGUUUGCUUGGCAGACAGCAUAUGGCAACUGCACGAGGGGAUACUGUCUUGUAUUUGACUUUGAUUUAGUAUUAUUAUUGUUUGACCUUGAUUAUUAAGGUGUUUAUUUGUAAUCACACUCUUUAAGUUGUUUAUUAUGUGAACAGUUUGAAUUUCUUAAAAUGAAAUGAAGAAUUUGUUUCUGUUGGAUUCU